CAACCCCUCUUUUCUUCUUUUCCCUUAGAAAAUCUUCUGUUCGGCCCGAAAUUAACCCUUAUUUUUCCUUCCCGUACGUUUUUUCACGAACCCCCGGUUAACAUCGUUCCAUACUUCACCGCCAUCAUGUCCGGCUACACAGAGGAAUACAUCCGGCAGAAGCUGACGGAGAAGCUGGAAGCAACGCAUGUGGAAGUGGUCGAUGAGUCGGACGGUUGCGGUGGCAAAUUUCGUGUCGUCGUCGUUUCCUCCCAGUUCCAAGGCAAACCCCUGCUUCAACGGCACAGACUCGUGAACGCUGCCCUAGAGGAGGAACUGAAAACGAUUCACGCCUUCUCGCAGAAAACCUACACCCCGGAACAGUGGGCCGGUGAAAGUGGGCCUUAA